AUGUUAGAAGUUCGCUGCUCUGGAACGCCAUAUGAGAUUGGCCAUCAACAUGGUGCCGCCGCUAAACACAAAGUAAAUGGAUCUAUCUCCUUUUACGAAGACCUCUUCCAAGAAACAUGUUCUAUGAACUGGGAAGCUGUUCGUCAAGAAGCUAGGAAAUACAUCGAGCCUCUCCAAAACAUAUCUCCUCGCCACGUCGAGGAAAUGCACGGUCUAGCCGAUGGUGCUGGUGUUGACAUCUUGGAUAUCAUCGCACUGAAUGUCAGGACGGAAAUCACUUUCAGCCUCUACACAGAUGACCCUACCACUCCAAUUCAAACUGACGGCUGCACUGGUGUCGCAUACCGUCAACCCAACGGCCAAAUGCUUCUGGCGCAGAACUGGGACUGGCAACCUAAACAGGCGCCAAAUCUACUCAUCUGCCAUAUUUCUCAACCUGGAACAGACAUGCCCAACAUUUCGAUGGUUACAGAGGCGGGCGUGAUAGGCAAGAUCGGUAUUAAUUCUGCGGGGGUUGGAACGGUACUCAACGCAAUCCGAGCUCGCGGUGUUGAUAAUACUAAACUUCCAAUCCACAUCGCUCUAAGGACAGCCCUGGAGUCCAGAUCAGCACGAGAAGCUGCGAACAAACUAUACCAGAUGGGAACAGCUGGCAGUGGGCAUAUCCUCGUGUCAGAUCCGUGCGAAGCUUUGGGUCUGGAGUGCACCAGUAUUGGAAUUAAAGAGAUCAACUUGAACAACAACGGGACUCUGGUUCAUACAAACCAUUUACUUCUUGAGCAUCCUGGAGUCGAUGAGCCAGGCUGGUUGCCAGAUUCCAAGGUACGCUUUGCACGCAUGUCUGAGCUUGUCCAAGACAAACUUGCUUCGGCAAACAUCAACCAUGAUUCCUUGUUUGAGUUAUUCAAGGAUGAACAAGGAUACCCGGCGUCAAUUAACCGCGAUGUGACUGCACACAGAAACGGGACCACUACUUUGUUUAACAUCAACAUGGACUUGGCAAAAGGAAAGGCGAUAAAUAUCGCAUACAACUCCGCCUUGCGGCAAAGCAAGUCUCUCGCUGCUGAGCUCCAAAACCUCAAUACAAAAUCCCAAGCAUCCCCUUCCGAAAUCGGCAACGUGUCCGCCUCAAUCGCCACCUUCACAAAGACCCUCGACGACUACCAAAGCCUUGCCCGACAGGAGAUCGUCCCCAAGAAGCAGGAAGAGGCUUUUGCGCGGGUCAAGAGGUUUCGGGAGAACCUCUCCGACUUUCGAGGCCAGAUCGAUUCCUUAAAGAAAGCCCGCGAGGAUGCCCAGCAUCAGACGAAUCGCACAGAGCUUUUGGGAAGGAGACCGUAUAAUGCUACGCCGGAGAAUCCUUAUGCGAACGCAACGACGACAAACACGCACUCCACCUUCCAGCCUCGACACCCACCCCAGUCCAACGGACCCCUGACGACAGGCUCGCCGGACGAGAUGCGCGAGGCCCAUGCUUUUAGGGAGCAGAAUUUCUUCUCAAACACGAAUCAGGCGCUCGACGACUACAUUGCGCGCGGACAGGCUGUGCUUGGCGAUCUAGGCCAGCAGCGCGAGAUGCUCAAGAGUACCCAGAAGCGACUUUACAGCGUUGCUAACACAUUGGGCGUCAGCGGCGAUACGAUUCGUAUGGUAGAGCGACGUGCGAAAGAGGAUAAAUGGAUCUUUGCUGCGGGCGUGGUGAUAUUCUUUCUGUUCUGCUGGCUGGUGCUUCAUUUCUUGCGAUAG